GCGCACUCGGGGCCCGGCAUGUCCGCGGCUUCCGAACGCGGGAGCCGCCCCGUGGCCGCGUCCCGGCCAUGGUUCUCCUGCUGGACGCCGACUUCGACCUCCGGCGGGACGCGCUCCCGUGGCUGCGCGCGCGCUCGGCGGCUGCUGGAGGCGGCGGCGGCGGCGCAGGUGCGAGAGGUGAAGAUGAUUAUGAGAGUUUACAUGUACUAAAUGUUGAAAGAAAUGGAAAUAUUAUUUAUACCUAUAAGGACAAUAAGGGAAAUAUCUUCUUUGGAUUAUAUGAUUGCCAAACCAGACAAAAUGAGCAUCUUUAUACUUUUGAGAAAGACUUGCAGGUUAUCAGCUGCUCUGUCAACAGGGAGAGAACUUUGCUUGCUGCAAGUUUCACUCAGUCCACCAAAGAAGGGAAAAAGAAUGAGCUUGAACCAGGAUCAAAAUGCUUAACUUUGCUGGUUGAAAUCUGUCCCAUUAAUAAUGUCAAGGUUCUUAAAGCAGUGGAUAACCGUAUUUGGGUACAGUUCCUUUAUCCACAUGUGGAAGAUCAUCUUUCAGAGAACCAUCUGCUAGUGAUUUCAGAAGAGAAGUAUAUUGAACAAUUUCAUAUUCAAGUCCAAGAAGAUGGAAAUAGAGUGGUUAUUAAAAAUUCUGCCCAUCUCCCAAGAGAGAGAGUAGCUGAGGAUUUUGUUUGGGCUCAGUGGGAUACGUUGGAGCAGAGAUUAUUUUACAUUGAUCUGAAGAAAUCAAGAAGUGUCUUGAAAUGCAUUCAGUUUUAUGCUAAUGAGAACUUUAAUUUAAUGUUUGAAGCACCCUUGGACAUAUCAUUAAGUGACUCAGGAUUUAAACUAGUCAACUUUGGGUGUAAUAAUCUUCAAGACCAAGAAAAGUUAUCUGAACACUGGAGCCUUUAUGUUUUUACCAACCAUACAGGAAGUUUAUGUGUAUGUUACAGCCCAAAGUUUGACUCUUGGGAACAAAUCACGUAUUCAUUAUUUUACUUUCAUAAAGGGCAUAGUAGGACCUUCACAGUGGCUCUUGGGAAUGCUGACUCACAGGUGACAAAGGGCAUUACUUUUCUCAAUCUUGACUAUUAUGUGGCGGUUUACUUACCUGGUCAUUUCUUUCAUCUACUUAACAUUCAGCAUCCAGACCUGGUCUGCCACAGUCUGUUUCUGACAGGAAAUAAUGCUGUGAUUGAUAAGUUACCUCAUAGUUUUUUACAGUCCCUGUCAACGUCCCUGAUCUUGGAUUGCUCUGCUGGAAAGCUCUGUAGGGUGCUGCUCGAUCAGUCAUAUUUAUUACAAUUCCUAUGGAAUGCUCAGCUCGACUGUGAGAAGAUGGCCACGUUGCACUGUGUGCUCUCCUGUGGCCGAGAUGCACAGCUCCUCGAAACCAAGAUCGUCCGGUGGAUUUCUGAGAACGUCUCUGUCUGCCAUUCCUUCGACCUCCUUCAGGAAUUCAUAAUUGCAUCUUCCUACUGGAGCAUUUAUCUAGAGACCAGUAACCUGGACCAGCUGUUGCCGUAUUCCUCCAUGCUCAUGUGGAAUACAGAAAUUCCUGGAAUAACUCUUGUGACAGAAGAGAUUGCAUUGCCUCUUAUGAAGGUGCACAGCUUUAAGGGCUACUGGGAAAAACUGAACUCCAAUAUGGAAUAUGUCAAGUACUCGGAGCCACACCUCCACUAUCACAACGACGUGGUCCGGAAAGAGUGGCUCAACCUGAUCUCAGAAGAGAAAACAGGAAAAAGAAGAUCUCUGGCCUAUGUACGGAAUAUUGUUGAUAAUGCAAUGAAGGUGAUUUCUAACCUAGAAGCAAGAAAUUUGGAGCCAAGAUUAAUACCCCUCUUCCAGGAGGAGGACAAACACCAGCGGCUGCUCAUAGGACUGAUGGUGUCUGAGCUAAAAGACCAUCUUUUACGACACCUACUGGGUGUAGAAAAGAAGAAAAUAGAACAGAUGGUUCUUGACUACAUUGCAAAACUGCUGGAUCUCGUCUGCCAGAUACUGGAAAGCAGUUGGAGAAAACACAAUCUUCAUCCCUGGAUUUUCCACCCCAACAGGAAGGCUUGUGCUGCUGAGUUUGCAGUCUUCCGCCUCAUGACCAGGAUUUUGGAAGCUACUCACAGCUUGUUUCUACCUCUGCCUCCUGGUUUUCACACUCUGCACACGAUCCUGGGUGUCCACUGCCUCCCUCUGCAUAACCUGCUGCAUUACGUUGAUCAUGGUGUGCUGCGUCUCACAGAGACCGCUGUCACCAGGCUCAUGAAGGAUUUGGACAAUACAGAAAAAAACGAAAAAUUGAAAUUCAGUAUCAUUGUGCGGCUUCCUCCGCUUAUUGGUCAGAAGAUCUGUCGACUUUGGGAUCAUCCUUUGAGUUCUAACAUCAUUUCACAGAACCAUGUGAAGCGACUGCUUCAGCAUUACAAGAAGCAGCCAUGGAAUUCUCUGAUUGACAAGUCAUCCCACAGUAUAGAAUUUCUGCCACUGAAUUACUUCAUUGACAUACUGACAGAUAUCGAAACUUCCAAUCAAGUUCCAUAUACUUUUGAAGUCCAUGACAAUGUGGAUGCAAAGUUUGUAGAGGAAGCGGCUCUGAAACAUACCACAAUGCUCUUAGGCUUGUGAAAGAGAAAAUGCAAUUAGAUAGGCUGCCAGUGUUUUAAUCUUCUCUGACUGUCUGUAUCUCAGUUUGGCCUACAGAAUUCUUAUAGAUUGUCCUAAUUUUGAACAGCAGACGAGCAGUUAAAUGUAAAGAAAUGACCAACAAUCUCAGGAAGCAUGCUAGGGACUAACUGAUGUUUAUUGUAGCAGCUUCUCAGUCCCAAAGCUAGUUUCUCUUGCACUCUGAAACAACACAUGCUUUAAAAAUGUAGGGGUGGCCAUGGAGCAUUUGCCUCUCAGAUGUGAUGUCCUGGGUUUCAUUUCUAGUAUCACCAAAAAAAAAGAGGAAAAAAAACAGUAUGGGGAAUCGUAUUCAGAAAAGCAAAAACUAGACAUGUCAUUGGAAACAACAUUUAGUUGUUGUUCUCCUUCCACCCUUUACUGCUCAUUGAAUUCUGCACUAGUAUUGCUACCAUGGCAGACUCUUCCAGCAAAACUAUUAUAUAUGAGAACUUGCACUUAAAGGUAGAGGAUAGAGCAGUUUGGGGGCUGAACUUUACCAAUUGCACCAAACCCCUCUGAACUUUUAACAGGUGGUGUAAUAAAGCAACCAUACUUUGCAAUAUUAUAAAAUUAUUUUUCUAUUCUUAUGUUGUGAACAAGUAGAAAAAAUAUUGCAUAAAAAUUGCUUGGAAAGAGAAUGUAUUUGAACAAACUGCAUUUGGAUUGAGCCAAACCUGCUGUUUCCAGUGCAGAAUAACUGGUGACAUCCAGCAGCUUACAUGUGAAGUGUUUAAAGUAGGGGAUUUGUCUUUGUGAUGGGUCAGAUGGAACUGUAUUUAAUUUUUUUAAGUUUAAAAAUAUUUAUGAAAACUUGAAGUAGUAAUAUCUUGUAAUUAAAAAAAACCUGUAAACUUUGACCUCUGUUGUUUUGUGAGCAUGACCAUUUUCUUUCUGUAAGGGUUCUUGAGUCUGAACAUGUUCCUUGAAAGGCCAGAAGACACUACGAGGGCAGCUCCCCAACUUGUUUCUCCUCUCCCCCACAGUAUCUUAAAGGUGGUCCUGAUAAUAUGCCUUGGAAAUAAAUUUGGGUACCAAUAGAUACCCAUGAAUUUAAGAUGCUCUUAGGACACUACACAUGAGUCCUGACUAGCUGCCUUUUUGGGAAGAAGCACAGGGGACUAUCAUUUUGGAGAAAAGUGCCCUCCCUGUGACAGAGCAGCUGUGAAGACAACAGGUCCUCCAUUGCUGUCAGACAGCAAGCCUGUCUCCUGAACUUCUCCACCCUACAUGGUGGGUAUCCCCUCCUUCUACCCUCUA